CGGUCCACGAACGUCCUAGUGCUAUAGGCUAUAAGCCCAUAACAUAGCGAAAUCCAGCAUACAAUGGUCGACUAUUAUCCAAGCAAGCGUUCGAUUACGUUCAGUUGCCGAGACGUGUGGGAAAUUAGGACAUUCAAGAUUCAUAUUUUUAAUUAAGUAUCAGCAGCUUCAUUACCGGAUGGUUGCUAGGGCUCGCGAAGUGUUAGAGUUGCGAGGUGCUGACAGGAGGCCGGAUUAAAGUGGAACGAUUGUAUAGGAGUCGUUCUUGUAGAAAUCGUGAAUGUCAGGGAACAAUACUCCGGGCCAAAAGAAAGGUGUUUUACAAAUCAGCUGCAGUAAUUUAAGUCGAAUAUCCCAUAUCACCGUCUAGAGGAAUCCCAACUGACUCUGCCCAAUGCCUGCUGCUCUUUCAACUCAUCCGCCGCUCACUGACAGGGAUGAUAGCGACGAAGGGUCCGCCUGUAAUACGCGCCUAUCCGGCAUCACGUACAACCUUACCUCUCCAGCAUCUCUAUCGAGCUCAGGCAGUGAUCCCGGCCAGUGGUUAACGCCUCCCGCCGCGUCCCCGUUUACCCACAGCAGUCGUACAUCGAAUUGGUCCUUCGAGGAUGAGCCAUCCUGGUGUUCGGCGUGUCUUGCCGGCGUGGGCAGAUGGGUUAUUGGCAAACUGGCCGAAGACAUCAGCCGGAGCGAGGCGUGGCUUUUAGCCACUAUUACCGGAGUUAACUUUUUGUCGUUCUGCGCGGGUAGCAUUAUUGCGCCUAUUUUACCACAGCAUCUUGCAAAAAAGAUGGAACAAUUUGGCAAAGAAGGUACAGUCAGUGAGUUGCACGUCUCACUUGCCUUUGUCCUAUAUGCAGGAUCAUCAAUGAUCUCCUCGCUCGUUUUCGGCCCAUUUAUUCCUCGGUUCGGUGUUGAGUAUCUCUACUAUCCCGGUCUGAUAACAGUCGCCCUUACCAACAUCGCCUUGGGCGCUCUCGAUCUCUUGCCAAUCGGUUCCUACGAGAAUUACAUUCUUGCCCAGCGCGUUAUUCGCGUCAUUGAGGGCAUUGGCGCUGCCGCAUUCAACACUUCGUCACACAGCAUUAUAAUGAAAGUUUUUUCGCGUUACAUCGACGAAGCGUUUGCCGCAGUUGAAGCAGCGGUCGCGAUCAGCUUCUCAUUAGGUCCAAUUAUUGGCAGCCUACUCGUCUCAUCGUUCGGCUGGUUCUGGGCAUUUUUCGUGUUCGGCAUUAUUGUACUAGCGACUAUUCCGAUUUCAGUGUGCGUUUUUGGUAACUACGGUUCUCUUCGCUAUGUCGAAUACCUGCGAAUCCGAGGGGACCCUUUAUUGCCAUUGGAAAUUGUGCUUUCAUGGAAGGGCCUAUUCGUUGUCAUCACGAUGAUCAUUACAACAACUGCAUUCAGCUUCGUGGAGCCCACCCUUGAGCUGUUCCUCGAAAACACAAUUCAAACUGAACACAGUACAGCCUACUAUUUCGCAGAGGCUACUUCCUUUGCCUUAACCGCUCUGGCUGUAGCACCGUUCAUCGCUGCAAGGUCAAAAAUGGGCACAAUGAUCUUGGGAACGUCAAUUCUAGGAAUCUCCUUCCUGCUUAUGGGUCCGUGCCGAUACAUCUUACGCAAACCGAACGACGUGGCCACAAUGUUUGGCGUAAUCGUUUUGGGAAUAGGCUUUGCCUUAGCCUACGUACCAACCCUCGACUUCCUUGUCGAUACUGCGAUCUACGAUUUGGGAUAUUUCAAACACCCUGCGACGUACGGGCCUAUCUCUGGCCUAUGGAAUUUCUUGAACGGUUUUGGCGAAACGUUUGGCCCUGUUAUCGCCAUGUUCCAGAAUUCACCGGACAUCAGGGACGCGACCCUCGUAUUCUCGACGGUACUAUUUACUUGUGGAAUCGGAUUAACGCUGAUUUUCUUCCAUCUCUCUGUCGAAAAAACACUUGAGGGACACCGAUUAGCCGAGGGGAGGAAAGUAGGAAAAACGGCAGCGUUUGCUAGUAGAAAGAGUCGGACACUAGCAGAUAAAUCCAAGUUGAACAACAGCAGUAAUGAUGACAAUAUGGAUAACGAGUCACAUACCGAAAGCGGCGAACUAGCCAAUGCUAUUAAAUACUUCUUAAAACCCAGCAAGAAGGACAAACACGUAUAUGAACCCCCUUUUAUACAAAGACAUAUUAAUAAUGUCUAAAAAUAGAUACAUGUCCAAUCUUGCCUUUCUAACUUCGAGUUAUAACAGUAUUGUUUGCUAUACAAACAUUUUACGCUCUAAAUGUGUGCACCUAUAUAUAUAUAUAUAUAUAUAUAUAUAUAUAUACAGGUGCACGCAUAUAAAGAUGUAAAUGUGUAAAAAAGUAAAAUAUUUAGGGUUAGGCUAUGGCAAAAAGUGUGACCAUUAGCGGGCCAACCUGCUAAAAAUGUUGCACUUUAUACGUAAGUGGAUACAAUUCAAGAUCGGUCCAUUCUAAACAUAUGUAAAAAGCGGAUUGAUAAGCAUUUCACAUUAAUGUAGGCGUGCUGAUUUGAUUAUUUUGAUAAGAAAAAAAAUCAAGCGUAGGCUUUUUUUAUCGAGAAAAAGUAACUAUAAUAAAGCUCAAAUACCUGUAACUGAUGGCCGACUUAUCUCAGGGCUGCCGUUCUAUAUAUAUAUAUAUAUAUAUAUUAAAACGGUAAAAAUCUUUCUGGUUGUAAUUUUCAAGGGUCUGGUCCCUAUGAAGAUAUUGACUCCAUAUAAUGGUAAAUGGGUCACAUAAAGCUGAUUGUUUCCCGCGUGUAUUUUUACAGAAAUUGUGUCUACUCCGCAUAUUAUACAUUUGAGUACAGAAAAUGCUUUAAUUAGAAAAUUACUAUUAUUACAGUAGACAUUUAUAUGAACCGUAGAACACUGGAAAAAAGUUGUGUUGUUCAUUAUUCCGCAAAAUAGGGUGGCAAAAAAAUUUUCCGCAAAAAUAUUUAUGAUGAGUUGAAUAUAAAUCUAACCCUAGGUAGGAUUUCUUAGAAGCUAUCGUUGCUUCUAAAGGUUGCCGCUGAAGGUUUCAAUAGAUACUGUGCAAGCAUAUCUUGUAGUGCCUCUAGAGCCACCUACCGAAGUAGUAAAACAAGCCCCACAUAACCUAAGCUUAAGCAAAACCCUUUGCUCUGCAAAAUCUUAGCAUUGUCCCCUAUAUACUGUAUAUAUAUCAUUUGCGGUCUAUAACAAAUCUUUCUUGAAUCAAUAAAUCGUAACAUUGAUGUUAAACAUACAUAAUCAGUACCCAUGUUACCGUUAUAUAAACUUAUAAUUGAAAUUGUGUACAGCUUAAAAAUUAAAUUAGCCACAUAUUAAAGGCACUAAGCCUAAACAAAAUAUGUCAA